AUGUCGGACAAAAGUGACCUAAAAGCCGAGCUCGAGCGCAAGAAGCAGCGCCUCGCCCAAAUCAGGGAGGAAAAAAAGAGAAAGGAGGAGGAGAGGAAGAAGAAAGAGUCUGAGAUCCAGCAGAAGGCAGAGGUGACUCCGGAGGAUUCAGACUUGGAUCGUAAGCGCAGGGAGACCGAGGCCCUCCUGCAGAGCAUCGGUAUAUCACCAGAGCCUCCACUAGUCCAUUCUUUGCAGCCUUUAAUGUUAGACUCAUGUUGCUUUCAUUAUUUAGUCCCGACCCCUGUGUCCCCCUCAAAAUCAUUGAGCACGCCCAGCGAGACGGGGAGCCAGGACUCAGUUGAUGGAGGCGCCGCCGGCAGGACGCUGCAGUGGGACACAGACCCCUCUGUGCUGCAGCUGCAGGCGGAUUCUGAACUAGGACGGAGGAUGCAGAAGCUGGGGGCCUCCAAGAUCACACAGGUAGACUUCCUUCCCAAAGAGGUGGUCGCUUACAGCAAAGAGACGCAGACACCGCUCGCCGCCCACCUGUCUGAAGAGGAGGAGGAGGAAGAUGAGGAGAUGAUGGAGGCAAAGCCAGCCCCCGAGUCAGAGCAGCAGGACGAAGACGACAACAAAGAAAACAAAGAAGGCUCAUUUCCGGUGCUGAGGGAGCUGACAGAGGAAGAGCGGCAGCAGAUCCUUCACUCCUCUGAGUUUCAGAGUUUCUUUGACUGCAGCAUCCGAGUGAUGGAGAGAGCUCUGGCCGAAGACAGCGACAUCUUCUUUGACUACAGCGGCCGAGACCCGGAGGACAAAGAGGGAGACUCUGGUAGUGGCUCCAGUCUCUCUCUCAGUCGACUCUUCUACGAUGAACACUGGUCGAAACAUCGCGUCGUCACCUGUCUCGACUGGUCCCCUCAGUAUCCAGAGUUGAUGGUUGCCUCCUACAACAAUAAUGAAGAUGCUCCUCAUGAACCGGACGGUGUGGCCCUGGUGUGGAACACCAAAUUUAAGAAAGCCACACCUGAGUACAUCUUUCACUGUCAGUCUCCAGUGGUGUCUGUGGGCUUCGCCAGGUUUCAUCCCAACCUGGUGGUGGGGGGGACGUACUCGGGGCAGAUUGUGCUGUGGGACAACCGCAGUCACCGCCGGACGCCCGUGCAGAGGACUCCCCUGUCUGCUGCUGCACAUACACACCCGGUGUACUGCAUAAGCGUGGUCGGCACCCAGAAUGCCAACAACCUGAUCACAGUGUCCACGGACGGCAGGAUGUGCUCCUGGAGUCUGGACAUGUUGUCGCAGCCGCAGGAGACCAUGGAACUGGUGUACAAUAAAUCCAAACCGGUGGCGGUGACAGGCAUGGCCUUCCCCACGGGAGACGUUAACAACUACGUAGUGGGGAGUGAGGACGGCACAGUUUACACUGCAUCCAGACACGGCAGUAAGGCAGGUAUCUGUGAGAUGUUCGAGGGCCACCAGGGGCCGGUGACGGGCGUCAGCUGUCACAGCGCAGUGGGCACGGUGGACUUCUCCCACCUCUUCAUCACAUCGUCAUUCGACUGGACUGUCAAACUCUGGAGCACCAAGCAAAACAAGCCCCUGUACUCGUUUGAGGACAACGCAGACUACGUGUAUGAUGUCAUGUGGUCACCUGUGCACCCCGCCCUCUUCGCCGCCGUGGAUGGCAUGGGUCGCUUGGACCUGUGGAACCUCAACAAUGACACUGAGGUCCCAACAGCUAGCGUGACCAUUGAAGGCGCGUCGGCCCUCAACAGGGUCCGCUGGGCCUCAGGAGGGAAGGAGGUGGCUGUGGGCGACUCCGAGGGACGAGUGUGGAUCUACGAUACUGGAGAGCUGUCCGUGGCCCACCCAGACGACUGGGGCCGCUUCGCCCGCACCCUGAUGGAGAUCCGUGCCAACCGGGCGGACGGCGAGGAGGAGGGGCCUAUGGAGCUGGCUUCAUAGGAGAGGACUCAGACCAAAGCGCAGCCAAUCAGAGACCCGGUGUGCUUCUCUUGGUGUCACUGUAGCAUGUGCUUCUCACUCCGUUUUUUCAUGUUUCUCCACCUUUGUGUUCAUGUUCCCGUCCGCUGUGUUGUUGCAUUUGCUCUCCUGUAAAUGCAAACUGUCUAACGGGUAAACUGUUGAUCUCCACACUUAUUAAUUGGUUUGACGACUCAAUGUGACUUGUGGCUUGCGGCCGGUGAGCCUGCAGUAUUUACCAAGUGGCCGUCUUAUAGCCUUACGGAGAUGUGUGUACUGUAACGACGCUUUGCACUAAAAUAAAGCAGGGUCCAUAGACUAGUCAUGUAUUGUUUACAAAAUGUCACGUUCACGUUCUGUUGUUCUUCUCUCUCUCUCUGUAUCGAGCCUGCAUGCGACACAUUCCUGAAAUGUUCCAGACGCGUGAGUACAGAGUUAGCGUGGAGGCGUUUUCACACGUGGUGGCUGCUUUGUGUCAAGAAACGGAAUCGCGUGUGGUUCGAGCACUUUUUUUCUCUUUUGUUCUGAUUGAGAUGUGAAUUCUUUCAUGAACUGUGACGGUCGACAAAAAGCUGCAGUGUGUUGUAACGCAGAGUGCUCGCUGUGAAUGUUCACCAUUAAAGCAAA